AGUUGAGUUGGAAGGCGAUCCAUGGGAAGUCAAGGCUAGAAGGUUCUCCUGAUUGAGAUUUCUGUUGUUGUUCUCCUUUGUAGCUUUUUUUAUUAUUGUUCUUUUUUAAAAAAUAUUACUCUGCCUUGAAUCCUACCUGACUUGGUCUCCUGUUGAAUUGGCUUUGGACUAAAUAUGACUCGAUUGUAACAGGAUUGUUUUCACACAAGAGGGGCAAGGAUAACAAGUCUUUUCCCCCCCGCUGGCUUUCCUGUGAGAUGCGCCACAGAACGUCUCUGGCAAAGACUGAAAAAGGUAAGUGGGUAGAGGACAGCUGUCUCUUUUCCUGAAGGGCUCUCAAAGCGGCAAUGGGGAGUCUCUGGCGCUCCAGAAAUUGAUGGACUGCUGAGCCUAUCGGCACCAGCUUGCAGUGGCGUAGCGUGGGUUGUCAGCACCCGGGGCAAGGCAAGUAAUUUGCGCCCCCUCACCCGGUAGGGGCAGAGAGCUGCGCCCCCCCCAGCGAGCGCGCCCCCCCCAGAUGUUGUGCCCGGUGCGGCCGGCCCCCCCUGCACCCCCCACGCUAUGCCACUGCCAGCUUGUGUACGCAAAGGUCGGGGUGUGUGUGUGGAAGCUGUGCUCCAACAAUAUCUGUCAGGCCACAGGUUACCCAUCCCUGUCUAAAAAAGAACAUGUUUUAAAUAAUCUUUGUUUACUUCCGGGUAUAGAAUCAUAGAUUUGUAGAGUGGAAGGGACACUGAGGGUCACCUAGUCCAAAUUCCUGCAAUGCAAGAAUCUCAGCUAAAGCAUCCAUGACAGAUGGCCACCCAACCUCUGCUUAGAAUCCUCCAAGGAAGGAGAGUCCACAACCUCCUGAGGAAGACCGGUCCACUGUCAAACAGCUCUUAGUGUCCAAAUGUUCUUCCUGACGUUCACUCAGAAUCUCCUUUCUUGCAAUGUGAUGUGUAUACUUCUAAGAAGCUUGGUGCAGUAAAAGUAUAUCUGGCUGGAAGGAUUGUCAAAUGCUUUUUUACUCCUAACGUUACUGCUGAGUAAGCUUGUGAGCACAGAGAUGGCAGGGGGACACUCACAGCCUGGACAUUGGGAAUAGAGACAGCAAUCUAGGCAUUAAAAAUGGGGGAGGUAGACAAACCUCUGCAGUGUUAACUGCUGAUUUCGUAGUCUUGAAUUUUCUUUUGCAAUGGGGGGAAAGCAGAACUCAAAAUAUGGUCUUAGUUUUGCAAGUGGGCCCUGAGGCAUUUUGGAAGUUUACAAGUCAGUCCCACUUCAAAACAUUUGAGUGACGCUGCUGUAAGCAAAGGCCAGGUGGAAACCGAAAGCUGCUUGAGGAAGAGGCAAAGUCUGAAAGCAUUUGCAACAAAAAUAAAAGGCCUUUAACCUCUGGCGGUACUGGAUAAGACAGGCAUAUUUUCCUGGAGUAGUUUGCGCUUGUUAUAACUCUGGUUACUUUAAGGGGAAGGUAACACACCAGAAAGCAAACUUUAAGCAACCAUUAGGCUCAAUUUACAAACCAAUAUAUGGCUAGAUGGGUCUUCCAAUGGGGUGGCCAUUGCUAAAAAGAGAGAGCAUAACAUGUAACAUUUGCAUAUGCUAAUUUAUAUGUAUAGUUGUAAAUUUAGAAAUGGCUAUAAUUUGACAUUGCGGGAAAGACUGUAACCUGGGUGUGCCUGCUACCCAAGGGCUCAGGGUUGCUGGGCAAUGCGAAGGUGCCUUUUCUCUCUCCUUGAGGUUCUUUAGCCUGGAUCCGGACUGGCUAGCCCUCCCAAAAGAUGAUGCCUUCCAAUGAAGAACUGUCCUUUGGCAGCUCUUAAAAAAGAGCUUAAAAAAGACACAUGGCCACCCUAGUUUCUGGUCAAUGCCUCAUGACUGUGGUCAGUUCAGUUUGAGUGUAGCAAACCCUCUGCGCUCAUAGUCAUUCUACGUGGAUCUAGUUCUCCUUAUCUGUGGCAUCUCUCCUCUCCUAAAGUGCUUUAUUGCCUCCUGAUGCUCUAAAAAACAUCCUUCUGGGGAGGGAGCAUCAUUCAGUGGGAUGUCCUUAUGCAUGUGAUGAGUACAUACAAUUAAAAAGGGAGCAGGUGAUGGAUGGGUAAUUCCUGCUGGAGACCCUGGAUAGCUGCUGCCGGUCAGAAUAGGGCAGGGGUGGGCAACCUAUAGACAUCCAGAUGUUGUUGGCUGACAACUCCCAUCAUGCCUGACCUUGGGCCGUACUGCCUAGGGCAGAUGGAUUUGGACUGACAACAUUGGCCUAGAAUGAGUUGGUAUAAAGUAGCUUCCUGUAUAAAGGCAUUGGCUAAUCUCCUUGACGCGAUGCUAAUGAAUGUCUUAACUUUACGUUUCAGGUUAAAGCUUGGAAUCAUUGUUCCCCAGCUGGUCCUUCUCUUUCCCGUGCUUAUUGAAGUGGGGGAGGUCUUCCAAAGAGGACUAGCGCCAGAUGAAACAACAGACCCAUCCCUGAACACUCUUAGACUCCAUUGUCAUGCUCUUAGACUCCAUUGUCAGAAUAGAAUUCAUCUGGUAUUGGUUGGAUGAGGCUGACAGGUGGAUUGAGUAUGGGAAAAAGGUGAGGUACCCUUCUUCUCCUGCUGAGCCAAAUCUUAAUGACUCUCACUGAGUGGUCUCUUUUACUGCCCUUCGUAAUAGCACAGCUACCCACCUCCCAGCCAGCAAUAGUCCUGCUACUACUUUCACGGCCUUCUCCUCUGGGGGAGUCCAACAACACCUGGAGGGGAAGACUGGCCUAGGGGCUGACAAAGACAAGUCGCAGGAAUUAUGGGAGUUGUAGUCCAAAACAAUUUGGAGGGCAUCUGAUUGGGAAGGCCAGUUUCAAAGUUUGCUGAAGACUCUUGAAAAUCAAAAAGCUCAAAGCCAAUGGAUACUCUGCUAUCUCCCUUUCCAACACCUCUCUGUAGCAUUUGGAGCACUGUGCUGCCACAAUAUCAUCGGAAGAAUUGGAGGCUGCUUACCAGGCAGACCACACAGGCGUUGUCUUCUUCCAUGCUGGUACUCAGCUGUACGAAGUAAAUUUCCAAGGUAGUGUAUCAUCCUCAUUAAGGUAGGGGGUGGCAUAAUGCCCUUCCGAUCUCUACAUUCACAAAACUUGUUGCUGUUUUUGGUAUUUCUGCGUUCUACCCGUCCCAACACAAAAGCGUUGCUAGUUAUGAGGCAGCAACUUGUUUCAAGAGAAGACGAAAUGAAAUUCUCCUGCGUAUACCUUGUACUUGCAAAGCUGAAACGCAGUGUUUUUGCUUUCAGUAUCUAGCAAGGUCUUGCUGCCGUUCUGAGGCCCAAUCACUGCCAGGCGCACAAAGGACAGAGUAAAGGGAGGAGGCAGCUGCAACUAAUAGGAAGGCCAACACUUAAACAGAGGAACUGCCCACAACCAAAUAAAUAACUUUUAAAAUUGUGCAGGAUGAUUGAGAACAGCAGCCUUUAGCAGGAGAGAUUCCUCUGACAUAACUCUUGACUCCCUCUCUUUUUACCACACUGAAGGUGUUCCAUGUAGAUACCUUGCCAUACAAAAAUGGUGCUAGUUUCUGAGAAAUUUAACAUGUGCUAAUCUAAAACAUGACUCAGUCCUUGGUCCCAUUGUUCAUAAUAAUGAUUUCUAAAGCUCGAGAACAAGCUGUUUCAUUACAAUGUCUUCCUCUACAUACACUUUGUCGAGUGAGGGCAAGGACAACCAGAUUUUUGAAUGUGGGCCUGCUGUAAUGCAUUGGCUCGAUGCAAACCUGGUGAAGUCCACAGAGGACUCUAUUGCUGUUCUGCACAUAGGGAUUUGCAUUUGUUUGGAUGUGCUUCCAGGCAGUCAUUAUUCUGUAGGAGAGAUUCAAAUGCAUCCUGGAAACUUAGCUUUGUAAAAUUAAAGUGGAUUAAAUGCACUGCCAAAAUAGCACAACAGAUCCACUUCAAUCAACCAACCAACCAACCAACCAACCAACCAGGACUUUCUAUAGUUAGGAAUGUGAUGGGAACAUGCACUGAAAAGUGAGGUGAACAAAUGAUUAACAGGAAGGUGUAUAAAAGAUAGUGCAAGCAAAUCAGGGCUAGUGUUCAUUGUUGUAUACCGUAUUUUUCGCCCUAUAGGACGCACCGUCCCAUAAGGCGCGCCUAGUUUUUUGGGGGGGAAAUAAAGGGGAAAAAAUUAUUUCCCCCCCCCAGGCGCGGGGCUGGGGCAGGGGAAGCCCGAGCUUCCCCCGACCCCAGCCCCCAGAACAGGCAACUCUCCACAAGCCGUGGGAGCCCAGCGCCGGGCUCCCGCGCCUUGCGGAGAGCUGCGCGAAGCCUGGAGAGCGAGAGGGGUCGGUGCGCACCGAUCCCUCUCGCUCUCCAGGCUUCAGCGAAAGCCUGCAUUCACCCCAUAGGACGCACACACAUUUUCCCUUCAUAUUUGGAGGGGGAAAAGUGCGUCCUAUGGGGCGAAAAAUACGGUAAAUACCCUGCAAAAAAAUGGGUGGGGUGGAAACAAAUGCUCAGUAAAGACCUUUCCACAGGUUUUGUGCAAACAAAUGGGGAUGAAUGGUCACUCAGCAGGUCCUUUGGAGUAGCCCUGGUUUUUCUGAAGGUGCACGACCAAAGUGAGAGGAGCUGUAUUGUGAUCAUAUCUUAGGGAGAAAGCAGGACCCUGUACUGUUCAGUAGUUCUCUGUAAUUAAUUCUAAGCUGCUGAUGCACAUGAGAUUUUUAACAUUGACCACUACCGUUUCCCUCAAGAGAUGGUCCAGAGAAACCUGUACUACCGAACCCGGAGAAGAGUCUGCAGGUGGCCCAAGCUUGUGCUCUUUGGAGGAGGACGUGACAAUGAGAUGGGGUAUUGGAUAUGUUUUCAUUCUCAGCCUAGCUUGGUCAAUGUCUACUAAACUGUUUGUGCAUAUUUGAGGGGGGGGGCAAGAUAUAUUUUUUAAAUAUUUGACUAUGUGACUUGGAUUGGGCGUAGAUUGCCUCGAAUGUCUCCUAGCGGUGGGAUAGAAAUGUUUCAAAUAAAACCUAAAUCAAUGCAUGCAAAGGAUAUGUGUAAAAUAGACAUAGGAUCCCUUUGGUUGAACCAUGGCUACAAGCAGCAGAUGAGCAAGGUGAGCUUGCUUCUCUUGUGUUCCAUUUUUUAGAUGAUGGGGGGGGGUAUGGUUUGCCAGGUGGGUUGCCAAAAAGAAAACCAGGGCAAGGCCUCCAGGAGCUUCUAAUAGAAGGGGCUGCAGGGGCUGACAUGGCAAACUGCACACUUCAGAAAUUAUGCAUCCAUGCAAGUGAUAGAACAAUGCCCCUGUGCCUUUUAUUUCUUAACCCUACAUCUAGCUUAAGAGAUCAAACAUAAUGCAAAAGAUGCUUACUUGUAUUGAAACUUGAGUUAACUGCUGGGCAAGGCUGGGGCUAUAUGUGUUGAAUAUUAGAGGGGAAAGUCUUGAUCCUCCAACAAUGGAAUGAAUUGCCUAGUAGUUCAACAGUGGAACCAAUUUCUGCUUCCUCUUCUCCCGGCUAUUAGAUGAUUGUUUUGUCUCUUGUCUGCAGCAGUCGUUUUGAGUCUUCUCUUCCCACCCCUUUGUUUCCUUCAAGCUGGGACCGAUCAGCAUUGCCUAACGUAGGCUAUAAGGUAUUCACAUUUUCCCCUUACUACUACACAGCUGACCAAAGGCCUGUAUUGGUACAUCUAGCUUGGUUCUGGAGAGCUAGCAGUGGCUCUCCAGGUUUUCAGAUGGGGGCAUCCCCUGUCCUACCUGGAGAUUCCAGGAAUUGAACCUAGAGGCUCUGGCAUGUAAGCUGAUGUUCUGCCACUGAGCUAUGGUGCUUUUCAGCUGCUUCCUCUGUAUGAAAAGGAGAGCAGCCCACUAGCACAAGAAGAGUAAGAAAUGGGUGGCAGUGUUGGAGCUGAGAGCUGAAAGGAGCUGAGUUAAGUACCUGCUCAAGUGAAUGCAUUGCCAGGUGGCAGACAGAAUAUAGAGACUGAAGUACUAUGGGCUAGUGGUAAAGUUAACAUUCUAAAGAGACAAUUUUUUAAAAGAAAAACAUGAAACAUGAAAAUGAACAAUUUCAAUCGGUGCGAAGCAAUGUUAAACACAAAACAGGGUUUGUGUUGUUUCAGAAGAGUGAUGUAUAAAUGUGAGAAAAUAAAUGUCUGAAAACAAAUAUGGAAUGGUUCAUUUCACUAUGAUUUGUGCCUAGCUGGUGGAGAUCUCUGAUUCUGCUGAAGAAUACAAUGAAAUUAAGGAACUCUUUCAGAAGACCAUGGAGGGUUAUGUUAUCCACCGACUCCAAAGGAUUCAGAACCCGUCUCUUUGGCAAGUCUUCCAGUGGUUCGUAUUUGAUUUCCUUCUCCUCCAAGGGAUGGGAGAUCAUGGUAUGAGAGUCUAGAAAUGGUUUCGUCUCUUUUUGUGGUGAAGGGGGGGUACUACUAUAAUUGGCUAUGACUCCUUACUUGACUGCUAUUCCUCGAUCAUUUGGUGGGAAUUCAAAUUUUGCAGCCUGGUGUCACAAAUAUGUAGCUGGCCAUGGAUUAUAUUUUGAGGGAAGCACAUUGAUAUUUCUUUGUCAUGUUUCAGUCAUACAGAGGUUGACUUGCCCCUACAGCAUCCACCUGGGCAUUCAAAGCAGCAUCAGCACAGACUGGAGGAUUAUGGGGUACCAUUAUCCAAAGGGAUUCCAUCUCACUCACCAGGAUACCCAUCCAUGCCAGUGUUGGGAUUAGUGUUUGGGACACAGUGGCCACCCAACCUGCUGCCCAGUAGCAUCCCUACAUGAGUUGGCAGUGGUGGUCUCAGGUGUUGGAGAACUCCCGGACAAUUGUUCUGGAGGAUUUAUUUAAAUAUGUGACUAGUAUCACAUGUAGGUUGCCUCUGAAGUAAUCUCUUACAGAAUCUGACCACCAUUCUUUCCAAGAAUCCCAGCAAACAGCAGCCUUCCUCAACCUGAUUCCUUUCCAGAUGUUUGAGUCUACAGCUCCCAUCUUCCCUGACCAUUGGCCGUGUUGACUGGGGCUGAUGGAAGCUGUUGUCCAAAAUGUUUGGAGGGCACUAGGUUGGGGGAGUUUGCACUAAGUGGUCUAACAGAAAUUGGCCAGUGGCUGCCUAGUGACCAUAAUCUCUACCACCACCCAGUUCAGCUAUAGGAGAUAGAAUGAGCAGUGAAAACUAGCUGUAAGUUGUACUCCAAAGGUGAGACUGUGCAAUCUUGGCAAAGCCUUCAGUCCACAGCAGUCUGAUGAUUCCCUUGGCUAAUGGAAGUGCCCAUAAUAAAUUAUUAUUCUUAGCCCACCCAUCUGUCUGGGUUUCCCCAGCCACUCUAGGCGGCUUCCAACAGAACACUAAAAACAGUAUAAAACUUCAAAUAUUUAAAACUUCCCCAAACAGGGCUGCCCUCAGAUGUCUUCUAAAAGUCUGAUAGUUGUUUGUUUCUUUGACAUCUGAGGGGAGGGCAUUCCAUAGGGCGGGUGCCACUACCGUGAAGGCCCUCUGCCUGGUUCCCAGUAACUUCGCUUCUCAUAGUGAGGGAACUACCAGAAGGCCCUUGGUGCUGGACCUCAGUGUCUGGGCUGAAUGAUGGGGGUGGGGACGCUCCUUCAGGUAUACUGGGCCGAGGCCGUUUAGGGCUUUAAAGGUCAGCACCAACACUUUGAAUUGUGCUCAGAAAUGUACUGGGAGCCAAUUUAGGUCUUUCAGGACCGGUGUUAUGUGGUCUUGGCGGCCGCUCUCGGUCACCAGUCUAGCUGCCACAUUCAGGAUUAGUUGUAGUUUCUGUGUCACUUUCAAAGGUAGCCCAAUGUAGAGCGCAUUGCAGUAGUCUAAGCGGGAGAUAACCAGAGCAUGCACCACUCUGGCAAGACAGUCCACAGGCAGGUAGGGUCUCAGCCUGCAUACCAGAUGGAGCUGGUAGACAGCUGCCCUGGACACAGAAUUGACCUGCGCCUCCAUGGACAGCUGAGAGUCCAUAAUGACUCCCAGACUGCACCUGGUCCUUCAUGGGCACAGUUACCCCAUUCAGGACCAAAGAGUCCUCCACACCUGCCCACCCCCUGUCCCCCAAGAACAGUAUUUCUGUCUUGUCAGGAUUCAACCUCAAUCCAUUAGCCGCCAUCCAUCCUCCAACCACCUCCAGACAUAAAGGUUUGCUUGGUGUAGAAUUUGGAUUUUAAUGUAGAGUAUACAUAGUUACAAUAUAGUAAGCUGGUAGAUCUUGGGAAAGUAAUUAUUUGACUACUCUGCUAGAAAAAAAGUGUAUAAAAUUAUGCUGGCAAAUGUGUAAACAGACUUGCUGAUCCUUUCAUUGCAUUGCCUGAGAGCUGGUUCAAGGAAAGGAGUUUUAAUUCUUGGGCGCAUUGAGUUUGACUCGGAGUGUGUGUUUAUUUUUUUAUAAAGUAGAUGCUUCUGUUUCUAGGCAGAAAGAGCAGAUGAAGAAGAUGAAUGGGGGGGACAAGGUAGACGAAAGGUUAUUGUUCCAUGGCACCAGCAAACGCCAUUUGCAUGACAUCUGUGGGCAGAACUUUGACUGGAGAAUCUGUGGGACCCAUGGGACUCUCUAUGGAAAAGGUACCAAUUCAGAGCGGGCAGGAAAUGUGCAUAGCUGUGCAUGUUUUCUCCAUCUAGUGUGCAAUGAACCUGAGAGGAACACACACACAAAUUGCAAGGACCGUACCAUACCCUGUCUAUAGUCUGAUAUUAAGUCGUCAGCAGAAUUUAAUCCUUUCCAACACCAAUCAAGUACAAAAAAGUGUGUUUGUUGAAAGUCCGCAGCAACGUGGAAGGCUUAGGGGACCUUGGUGAUUCUUCUUUUGCCAACUGAAUAUCUGUGAUUGAAUGAUCUCCUAUAUCCACUUGCUUCCCUGCCCCUCCUCUUCAGAAGUCUACUCUCCACACCUUUGUGGUUGCCCUGUGCAAGUCACCAAAUGGGCUGGCAUUGGAGGUAGGCAGAGAAAGCUGCUGUGUGAGCACAAAGGCAAGAGAAUAUCACAGUGAACAAAGCACACACCCUGCAUCCAGAACAGCCUCAAUGGGCUAUUUUGGAGGGUCCCCCCCACACCAAGGGUUUCCAUGAGCCUGUUGAUACUCCCUGUUGGGUGUGGAUGAUGCUAUUUUGGCUAUGUGAGCAAUGGCACUUGCAAUGGAAGAUCGAAAAGGAAGGGCGUGGUCUAAAAUGUUCAAGAUGAUUAUUUGUGCAGCAAACUCACAUUGGCUUGCUUGAUUCUUACAGACAUCUCUUCUUUCAGGAAGCUAUUUUGCCAGAGACGCCAGUUACUCACAUGCAUAUUGCCAGUCGGAUACCCACAUCAGGAGCAUGUUUGUAGCUAAAGUUCUGGUUGGAGAUUACGUUCAAGGAAAUCCUGCUUACCUCCGCCCUCCAUCGAGAUCUAACCAAUCGAACAACUUUUAUGAUAGCUGUGUGGACAACGUUCUUGAUCCUUCUAUUUUUGUCAUCUUUGAGAAGUAUCAGAUUUACCCAGCAUACAUAUUUGAGUAUCAGCCAGUGUCCCAUUGUGUGGUCAUGUAAAGGGCAGCAAUCCUCCUCCUCUAAACAUGGACUUGAAAUCCUUUUUUAUAUAUCUAAAACUUUAACGAUUUCU